AUGUCUUCUUCUUCUCUGCCAUUUGGCUAUCACAUCACAUUUUUUUCUUUCAUUUCAUUCCUUCUUUUAUUUAUUCCUUCAUUUCUUUCUUUCCUUUCUUUCUAUCUCUCUCUCUUUCUGUUCGAUGACCUUUUCGUUCUUUCCAUAUCUCUUAUUCUUCCAUAUCUACUUUCUCUAUUUUCUUUUUUUCCAUUUCUCAGUUUCUUUCUUUCUUUUUUCUUCUUUCUUUCUGUUUUUCUUUCUUUCUUUUUUUUGUUCUAUUCGAUGACCUUUUCGUUCUUUCAAUAUCAUACAUAUCUUUCCAUAUCUUUUAUCUCUCCAUAUCUUCUUUCUCUAUAUUUCAUUUUUCCAUUUCUCAUUUUCUUUCUACCCCUCUUUCUUUCUUUCUUUCUUUCUUUCUUUCUUUCUUUCUUUCUUUCUUUCUUUCUUUCUUUCUAUUCGAUUUCCUUUUCCUCCUUUCAAUAUCACACUUAUCUUUCAUUAUCGCUUAUCCCUCCAUAUCUUAACUCCGCCCCUCUAUAUCGACCUUUCUCUCUAUCUCUCUCUCUAUCUAUCUAUCUCUCUCUCUCUAUCUCUCUAUCUCUCUAUCUCUCCUUUUCUUGA